UUGCCGGCUUUUAUUACGACGAUUACUAUUGGUUAUUGAAAUCCAAGAUGUCUGCGCCCAUAUUUUCGGGAACGUUUUGAUUUCUUCCGUGAUUCUAUAAUAAUGGCUGCUAAACACAUUGCAUUCAACUGUUCAAUGGUUCGUAAUGCAUAUUUGUUAUAUCAAAACAUUCCGCGAGUUGGCAGAUUGUUUAGCACGUCUCAGUAUGUUUUUGUGAAAUCGCAUGUUGGGGAAUCUGGAGAUUUUUUUGGAGUGUCUGAAAAUCCGUCCGUCGAAAAAGUUAACAAUUACAUUAAAAUUGACCCUGCAGCUGACAUGGGGUCAGUACAUGAGUCUGAAAGAAAUUCAAACCAUGCGAACAAAAAGACGGUUAAAAAAAGAAAGCAAACCAUUAAUUCUAAGGUAAAUUCAAUGGAAAGAAGAGUUGGCGACACAACACCAUUCAAGCAACAAACAAGUAGAAACUUCACUAAAAGAAGCAAAGAGGCAAUAGAAGUUGAUAAUUCUGCAUAUAAGGAAGCUAUGCGGAUCAGAGAAAAAAUUUAUAAAGAUAAUAAGAUAAAUCUGAUAGGAAAAAUGAACCCAACAGAAGUUGAUAAAGAUGGUAAUAGAAUUCUAACAAAUCAGGUACCACAACUUGAGAGGGCUUCUGAGUGGGACAUAGUCAGUAUCUUGAGAAAAAGCAUCAUAUAUAAUGAUAAUGACAUUGUUGCUAUUACAAAACCUUACGGUCUUCCUUCACAUGAGGGGCCUGGUGUCACAAAUUGUGUUGGUCAUUUCUUGGAUAAGAUUGUUCCAAAAACUAACCUCAUUGCAGUUCAUAGACUGGAAAAGGAAACAACUGGGGUCAUGGUGUUUGCAAAGACAGAGGCAAUGGCUGAUGUAUUGACAGAACAUUUUGUUCGCAAACGAGACAUUGUAAAAAAAUACUUUGCUAUUACUAAGAACAUUCCUGCUCAGUCGUCUGGAGAAAUAGAUAUACCUCUUGCAGAAGGAACAGUUGAUGGAAAAGUGAGAAUGACUCUUAGACCAUACCAUACUUAUGAAUUAGAUGGGAUCUCAAAGAAGAGACAGCAUGGGGUGAAAGCUGUGACACGGUACCGGACACUUGACGUAGGAGAUGGCCAUGCAUUGCUUGAGUGCUAUGCUUUGACUGGGAAAAAACAUCAAAUAAGAGUCCAUCUUGCUUUUGGAUUGAAUUGUCCAAUUCUUGGUGAUCAUAAGUACGCCCACCUCAACAAGAUUGCUCCAAUGAGGUUACAUCCAGAUAUGUUGAAAAUGUUAAAGAUUUCACAAAGUGGGGUCAGAAAGUUGGCUAUGCAUUUACAUGCACGUUCACUUGUGAUCCCCGGUGUUGUUGAUGGCAGGAAUCUGUUCAUCUCUGCACCAAUGCCACCUCAUUUUGUACGGAACAUGAAAGACUUAAAACUGAAGCUGCCACCCCAUGCAUAAAGUGAAUGAUUGUUACUUAGAUAAUAUUUGUAGAUAGUGUUAACUUGUUCAUUUUUGUAAAUAGGACUUUUAUAAAUUCUUAACGUAAAGUUUUUCAUUUUUUAAACUCAUCUUUAAUUUUGAUUUUUUGUUUUGACAGAUAA